CAAGUCGUCUUCGUCUUUCGCAGCUCCAGCGGCAGACCAUUCGAAGCGGGCCCUCGAGCGUGCGUGACGCUCGUUCUGCAGCUUCCGUGUCGAACAGUCAGGCUUCUCCUCGCUGCUUGGAAAGUGACGCUCCGAAGAUGUCGUGGCAGGCAUACGUUGACAACCAGAUCUGCGCCCAGGUCCAGUGCACCGUAGCUGCCAUUGCUGGUCUGGCGGACGGUGCAAUUUGGGCCAAGUACGAAAAGGACGCCAACGUCAAGGUUACGCAGCAGGAGUUGAAGAACAUCGCUGAUACGAUGCGGACGAAACCAAGCAACUUCAACGAGAACGGCAUUUACGUGGCUGGUAUCAAGUACGUCUGCUUGUCGGCCGAGAACACCCUGGUGCGAGGCCGCAAGGGCAGCUCCGCCAUGAUCGCAGUGGCAACCAAGACUUGCCUUCUGGUCGCCGCUACCGUGGACGGCUUCCCCCCCGGCCAGCUCAACACGGUCGUCGAGAAGCUGGGCGACUACCUCAGGUCCAACGGCUACUAGAUGGCCAACAGCGACGAAGGCGGCGUCCACGAAGCAGCGUACCGUCUCUUCCUACCGGCUAAGCCUACCGAGCCCCGACACGUCUUCACCUACCCCCAAGCCUCCCGCCGCCGACCUCUGUGUGCCCAUGCGAGGCCCCGGACUACGCGGGCUCUACCCCAGGGACUGCAGCGUCUCCUUCUUGGUAUUUUCUCGACUUUAUUCUUUUGCCUCAUCCUCUUCUUCUUUCUGGACUAUUCCGUUGUCCCCCGAACACUGCUUCCGAAGGGCGAGGUGGCGCGUGACAUCGAAGGAAUGAAGACGCUCGCGCUUCGCGCCUGGGACUGCCGACCUUCUUUUUCUUUUUUUAACCGCUGCUUCUCCUCGCGUGGCACUUUUUCUUUUCUUUCCUUUUUUACUCACUUGACCUCCUGCUCUUUUGUUUUUAUCAGUAACUGCGGAAAUCGCUUGUAAGUCAAGAAACGCAGCUACUGAAGAGCAUGAAAGCGCUGUGCGCCUAAAGUGUCCUUUGAAAUAAAAUCCAGUGUUCUUGUGUGUGCGUUCCAAAACUCGUGUUU